AUGGCUCUCAAAACUGUGUUUCUGGUUGUGGUCCUCGUGUGUUUCUUAUCUAACGCAACUGCAGCAAGGGGACAAUCCAGGUCCGAGUACAGCAGGCCAGGCCAUAACAUUGCAUCCAGGCUCCAGGCUAGUGGAGGCCUUGCCGAGUGCUGGACUGCACUCAAUGAGCUGAAAUCAUGCACCAGUGAGAUUGUUCUCUACUUGGUUAAUGGACAAACCGAUAUAGGACCCGAAUGUUGCCGUGCUGUCGAGAUUAUUACUCGAAACUGCUGGCCUUCCAUGCUUACUUCCCUUGGUUUCACUCCUGAGGAAGGCAACGUUCUUAGAGGCUACUGUGAUGCAUCUUCUGCUCCUGCUGCUGACCCUCCACAUGCUACUGUUCACUAG